GUCAAUUCAAGCAGGGAUAAUUAUAGGAGUAGGUCACUGUUGGAAUAUAGCGUCAGGGAAAAGGGAAGGAAAAAAAGAAAAAGCAAAUCAAAGCGCGGUAACAAUAUCAGAAGAGAUAAGACUCUAAAUCGGCCAUCAUCAGCGCUGACGUCCAGCUUUGGCAGAUGCGAGCAGUUUCGUCCUGCUCCCAGCAUCCAAUUACAAUGGACGAGCUCAGCCUGUGUGGACUCUAAAUCGCUGCCCAGUCAGGAGCGAGGGAAAAAGCGAACGGAGCGGAGGGACGGAAACAAUGCUCUGACUCGUCUAUCUGCAGUGAUUUGAAGUGAGACUCAUCUUUCUUUUUCGUAAUUUUUUUUGGUCUUUCAAGUCGCCCGAGCAAGUGAGGAGACUGCUGCCAGGAUCAAGUCCGUGCACGCAGUGGAAACGGUUUUGUCUCCGGAGGUCUAUCGUUCAAACUACAAUGGCCCUCUUGCGGUUCUCCAGACUCAUCCUGAUCACGCUGGCCUUCAUCCCUCAACCGUCUGUGGGAUGCCCCUCCGGCUGUCGCUGCUACAGCCUCACGGUGGAGUGCGGAUCUCUUGGGAUCAAAGAAAUCCCACAGGGUGUCCCUUCUGUCACAGAGACCAUCUUCCUCCAGGACAACGCUAUAGUGCAGAUCCGUCUUCAGGACCUGACUCGUCUGGGCAGCCUCCAUUACCUGUACCUCCAGAACAACAGUAUCUCAGCCUUGGAGCCUGGGGCAUUUCUCAGCCAGGGCCAGCUGCUGGAGCUCGCCCUCAAUGGCAACCUCAUCCACCUGGUCACCCCCGACAUGUUUCGGGGCCUGGAGCACCUCCGGAUCCUCUACCUCGCCGGCAACCAGAUCACUCGAGUCCAGGACCACACCUUCAGGGGACUGCAGCGUCUGCAGGAACUCCACCUGCAGGAAAAUAGCAUAGAGCUGCUAGCAGAGCAAGCCCUGUCUGGCUUGUCAUCUCUGGCCCUUCUGGACCUCAGCAGAAAUCACCUCCGCACCCUGGGAGCUUCGUCCCUCAAACCGCUUGUCAGCCUGCAGGUGCUCCGUGUCACAGAGAAUCCGUGGCGGUGUGAUUGCGCUCUUGGAUGGCUAAGAACCUGGAUCAGUGAAGAUGGCCAGCGCCUGUUGAGCUCUGCUGAACAGCGUCGGCUGAUGUGCUCAGAACCGCCCCGCCUUUCCCACCUCAGCCUUGUGGAGGUAGCCCCCAACAGCCUGGUCUGCAUUCCGCCCGUGGUUCAGCUCGAGCCCAGCCACCUGACUGUGCGGCUGGGGGAGAGCCUCAGAGUGUCCUGCCAGGCCUCGGGAUACCCUCAGCCUCAGGUGACCUGGAAGAAAGCCUCCCACGGCAAGGCCCAGUUAUCGCCUCGGGGCCUAGUGCAAGAGCUGGGACCCAAUGGUGAGCUCUUCAGGCCUGGGGCUGGUGGUGUGGUAACGGCCCUGCCCAGCAGUGGAGGGAUCAAGGUGGGAGGUGUUGGUGGGAUCCAUGGGCUUGUGCGUGGAACUGAGGAAGGCGGCGAGAGGGACAGCUUUGACCCAGACAUGGGCAGCGGCAUGCUGUUUCUCAGCAAUGUGACUGUAGCGCACGCUGGACGCUACGAGUGCGAGGCCUGGAACCCCGGUGGUGUGGCCAGAGUUACCUUUCACCUGGCUGUCAAUAUGUCCUCUUCUUCAUAUUCAUCCCAAUUCUGGCCUCGUUUGAACACGCACUCCUUCGUUUCGUCUUCGUCUAACUCUUUCUAUCAGCCAGAGGUUCUGGAUGUGAGCCAGGAGCCGCUGUAUGAGCAGGACAGCAUGGAUUUCAGUGCUCUGGGCCCUGCCACACAAACCGCCAUUGCAGUUGGCAUCUCCUUGCUGGCUCUCACUGCUGUUCUCCUCCUGAUUAUGAUCUACACUCGUCACCAGCAAUACCGGAAAGAGGAAGGAGGCUCUUACUGUACCAGCAAGGAAGAGAGCAUCCUUUAUGUGAACGACUACUCUGACGGACCCACCACCUUUGCUCAGCUGGAAGAGUACCGUGACGACCAAGGCCAUGAAAUGUAUGUCCUCAACCGAGCCAAGCCCGUCAUGGGGUCCACUUCAUCCAGGUGUCCCAUGAUGAGCGGGUUUGUCCAGCAGAAGGGUAUGAAGGAGGCUCUUCUGGAGCAUGAAAUGGUGCAGACACUGACCAGAUCGGGGGGAAUGGGCCUUCGCAGAAACCCAGCAGAUGGAGGAGAGGGUCCUCUAACUACAGACCCAGAGGAGCUCUUCCUCAGCCAGAGCCUCCUCUUCGGAUCGCAGGUUGCCUACGAGAUCCACUGCUAAGGGGUUUUAAUUGUGUUUUGACAUAAAAAAAUAUGUUGAUGGACUUAAUUAAAGACAUUAAAGGAAAUCACCUUGGUGCACUAAUUUGAAGCGUCAGAUUAUUAUGUGGUCUUCAGUAGGGGGGAGAGUGUCAGUUAGUGGUUGCUGGGGGAAACCUGGCUCACAACCAGCCUCCCAGAGAUCCUCAUCUGAUUGACUGUAUGACAUUAAGAUGGGUCAGAGGGAUGAACAGUGAUAAUUGAAGGGAAAAUAACAACUGAAUCAUACCUUUCUGUCCCCAAAUAAACCCUUUAAAGAUAAUUAUAAGUGGCUAACCUUAUCAGACAUGGUUAGAAUGACAGUUAAUUUAAACCCUCGUAAAAGAGGCUCAAACUGUGCAGCAUUGUGGCAACUGACAAUAUGGAUUAAAACAGUGAUUCAUAUUUUGUACUUUAAUUGUUUUCUUCAGGUUUUGUGUGCUUUGUCAGUGUUUUGUGUAAAUAUAAUGAAGCUAAUUUUCACUGUGAAGUACAGUUGUUUUGUGGACCCUAUUGCAGAUUAGAAUUAGACCCAAACCAAUCCUCUUACUGGAACUGCAUUGUCAUUAUCUAUAUGUGUGCGUGGGCAUGGGUGGGUGGUUUUGUUUAAAGAGGUUCAUUUUGCAUACAGCAGUGAGUCUUUUAUAAAACAUUUUUACCAUAGCAUUGUGUUCCUUGAUGUUAACAUGCCAUGUAUUUUUUAUCUACCUGUUGCUAAAACUCUAGAACAAAGAAAUAACAAUUUCAUUGUCUGAACUGAAUCUUUGGUGGAAUUAACAUCAGUCUGUAACAACCAUUCUAAUGUGAAUAUUGCACAAUUUGUCUUUGGUUUCUACAUAAUAAAAUGUAUUUUAAAAGA